AUGUUUAAGAAGGAUAUCCCCCCGAGCAACCGCUCAAAAGUCAAAUCCUCCGUGCAGCGCGGCCUCCGCCAACGGUUCCUCGACACAUACCCAGGAUUCGAACCCUACAUUGAAGAAGUCCUACCGAAGAAGGCCCAACUGGAUGCCGUGAAGCUUCCGGAAAGAUCCACCCUCUACACAUACGAAAACACCCCUCUGUUCUACCAACCGCUCGACGGCCCGCCCAUCCCACACCUGAAGCUCAUCCACGCCUAUCCGGACGCCCUGCCCACGAUCCAGAUCGACCGGGGAGCUAUUCGGUUCGUGUUGUCUGGUGCGGCGCUCAUGGCGCCGGGGUUGACGAGUGCUGGGGGCAGAUUGCCCGAUGUGGAGAAUGGGGAGAAGGAGAUAGCUGCUGGGGAGGUGGUUGCUGUGAAGGCCGAGGGGAAGGAGACGGUUUGUCUGGUGGGCGUGUUGAAGGUUGGUACCGAGGAGAUUAAGAAGGUCGGGAAGGGUGUGGUCUUGGAUGAGGGUCAUUAUCUUGGGGAUGGGUUGUGGAGGUAUCAUCUUGAUUAA